AACAAUUGUGUAACGCGAAUCGGCAAUUGUGUUUUGUGUAUAACAAUCGUUAACUCCCGGUGUAAUGCUGGCCACUGCUUUUCAGAGGCUUGCCGGCAAUGCAUUUCGGCCGACACAAUAUUGUGUACGGCUGGUGAGCCAAACUGGCGGCAGUGAUAAACCAAAGCCCGCGGUCAAAGAUGCUGAUACGAUUUUCGACAAAAUCAUUCAGAAAAAGAUCCCUGCCGAUGUAAUCUACGAGGAUGAAAAAUGUUUGGCCUUCAACGACGUUGCCCCACAGGGUCCCGUGCAUUUUCUCGUGAUACCGAAAAGAAAAAUAGCAAAACUAGAAGACAGCAAACCGUCGGACACGGAGAUACUCGGUCAUUUACUGCACGUGGCCGGUCUGCUGGGAAAGUCUAAGGCACCGCAAGGGUUUCGCUUAGUGAUUAACAACGGGGAUCACGGAUGCCAGACUGUUUAUCACAUCCACUUGCACGUUAUCGGUGGUCGGCAGCUGGGAUGGCCACCUGGCUAAAGUGAAAAAGUGUAAAGUGUGCUCUGAACCUUUCGUAAUCUUUGUCGGAAAAUGCGGGGAAUUUUAUGAAAUAAUAAAAAAAAUCUCAAACUUUGUUUUGAAGCAGUUUGAACCGGAAUUCAGAAUGAACUAUGUCCACCGCGAAAACAAGCUGUCAAAAAAGCGUUCAGCUGUCACAUGAUUUGGAGAGACGAUCAACACAACGAAAAUAAA